UAAUGUUUUGUAUUACUGCUGCAAGGUCUACAAAGAUUUGUUGGGGUGCCAAUCAUCAUUCGUAUUCUUAACUUGCCUGGAAUUGAUGGUCAGAGCGGGAGGUAACGGAGAAGGGAUAAAAGUAGCAGCUACCGAAGGCGCGCAGAGCGUCACUGCUACGCACACAAUUUAUUCUGUUGUACUAAGAGUUAACGAGAGUUAAAGUACUUACGUUCUUACGACUAAGAGUAAGACUUAUCUUUAUACUAACAUAUAUCAAGUUGGUACGUUCGAUUGAAGCAAUUGCAAUGGACAUACAAAAGUAGACGUCAUUCCUUUUACGAGUUGAUUUGUUCUUCCAAAUCAAACAAUUUUGGCAACCUCUAAAUGUGUUCUAUAGCACGACCUUCGGAACUUCUUUUGGGACAUAGUCCCCCCGUUUAUGGUUCUCUUCUGUAUAAUUCUUUGAUGGUCACGACUCCAUCAAUUAAUAACAGAUCUGUCCCACCGCAGAUUCGACCCUGUUUAGCAUCAACUUCAAUUCAUUUGGAUGAUUUAAUUAAAAAUAAUGAUGUCAUUUGCAACAAAAGAAAUAAAAAAAGAGUUGUUUUUGCGGAUGACCGCGGGAGGCCUCUCACACAGGUGCGAAUUAUGUCGGAGCCGAGCAACAUGCCACCGCUCUGGACUCACGUGGCGAGUUUAACGCGUGGCGACUUUUUGAACAACUUCGAUAGCAGGUUCACAUUGUCUCAACAAAGCUUAACGACAACCUUCCCUUCAACCGAAUUGCAGUGUUCCACUAAGUCUGCUAAUAUCAACCUUUGGGAACCAAUUUUUUCCCAACCAGCUAGCGAUUACUUAGCAUUCCGCGAUAAACUCGAAAAAGAAUCGGUCAGUUUGGAAAAUGUUAUUGUGCGCAAUUCCGAAAACAAUUUUAUAGGAACGGUUAAAGUUAAGAACUUUACGUACAAUAAGGAUGUAACAAUUCGUAUGACUAUAGACAAUUGGAAGAGCUACGAGGAUGUGAGCUGCGUAUACAUUAAGCAAUCGAAUCUAAUUACACAUACAGCUAUGCGUAACCUUUAUGAUACCUUUCAUUUUCGGAUACUAUUGCCAAUUAAUGACGGCGACGUGUGUCAGAUAGAGUUUUGCGUACAUUAUGUUACUGACGGUAGCGAUUUCUGGGACAACAAUGCUGGCUCUAACUAUGUUAUUAAGAAGAAUCAAGAUGUGAGACGAUGAAUUAAAUCCCACAAUCAAGACAAUACUUACAGAUCCCAUGUAAACAAUGCACGCAAAAUCCGUUCACGAAUAGAAACUACUGUCGUAAUUUUCUCUUUUUUCUUUAUAUUAUUAGUUUUUAUUAUUUCAGAUCACAAAAAGGUUUCAUUUGCUAUAUUAAUAUAGAUUCUUAUUGAGUAAAUAAAUAUUUAAAUAUAAUGAAAUUAAAAAAAGACAAUAAUAAUUAAAAUUAUAUUCUAGAGAAUAUCGCUUUAAAGUACUGAUUCAUUGAAUACACAUGAAUUAUAAAGACUAAGAUAAGAUAAUAUGGUUAUACAAUUGAGUUUAUAAGAUAAGUGUUCACAUAUUAUUUAUAUAAUAAGCA